AUGAUGAUUACCAUGUCUUGCAUUAUGUUCGUUACGUUGGUCCUGAUGGUCGUCAGGACCCUCGUGAGGUACCUUAUUCAGCUCAAGUCGAAGCGUUUUUGCUCGAACAGCCUUGUUCAGCGGUAUCCCCACGUCGUGCCUUGCUUUGGACUUGACCUAAUAUUACAGAUACGGUGGGACUUCCACAGGGGUCAGCUUUCGGAGGGAAUGCGCCGGCGGCAUGCUUUUUAUGGCCCGACUUUCUCUACGCAAAACUUAUUCGAUGAAUGUAUUUACACAAUCGAGCCCGAAAAUAUCCGCACCAUUACUAAAAACAAAUUUGACGAGUUUGAAAAGUCUGAAUGGGUGUCCGAGGCCGCCAAGCACAUCGGCAGUGGUAUUCUUGUGAAUGAAGGAGAGGCAUGGAGGUUCUCGAGGGCAAAGUUGAAACCGAUUUUUGGCAAAACUGAGGCACGCGAGCCUGCACUUCUGGAACCUCACGUCAGAAGACUCAUAGCAAAUAUGGAGGCUUUGGCGGAGAGCGGAGCAAGUUUCGAGUUCCAUGGGCUAGUCGACAUGCUAAUGCUGGACGUGGUCACAGAAUUCCUGUUUGGGGAAUCCACGGGUUGCCUCGAGUCUCCGAGGAGUCCGAAGGGAAAAGAAGGAGUCGAAUUCUUGGCACGUGUCAGAAGUUUUGACGGUCCUUCAGCCAAGUUUAUGGCCAUUGGUGCACCAGCGUGGGUAGAGCUGCGAUGUUCCUACCCCAAGUUGAAUGACAUGGUGAUUGGGAUGAAAGCCUUCUUUAGGAGGAAGCUGGCAGAAAGCAUCCCUGGCCCGAAAACCUCCGAAGCUCGGUCAUUCCCUGAAAGUGUGUUCAAAAUGAUGGAAGCCGCGGACAUUUCUGACGAGCAGAUACAAAGCGAGCUGCGGAACAUCUUUUUCGCCAGCUGGGAUACUACAUCAGCUUUUCUAGCCAACAUAGUCUACGUUCUGUUGCAGAACCACGGCGUUCAGGACCGGUUGCGCGAGGAGAUCCGGUCUCUACAUGGGGAGCCCCCUACAAAACAAGACCUGUACAAGAUGAAGUAUUUGCGACUGGUCGUCGAGGAAGGGCUCCGUCUGUACUCGCCGGUCACUUCACACUCGCGCCGAGCCAAACGUGACACCAUACUUCCACGGGGAGGCGGACAAGAUGGACAAGGCCCCAUCAUCGUCCGGGCGGGGACCACUAUCGUAUGGUCCACAUAUUCAUUGAACCGUGACCCACAGUGGUACGGUUCAGACUGGGCAGAGUUUAAGCCCGAAAGAUGGGCCAGUGUGAUCAUGUCCAGGGCCAUCGGUUGCACGGCUGCUACUGCAGGACAGAGUAGCACAAGUUCUGACAGUGACGCUGGUCAGAGCCAGACCAGCAGUAGCGAGAACUCCAGGGACUCCUUCUUCAAGCCCUUUGGUUCAGGCCCCCGCGCCUGUCUCGGCCAGCAGAUUGCCCGGAACGAGGUUUCGUAUAUAGUUGUGAGGCUGCUGCAAGAAUUCCCGCGUCUGAGGGCGAAGGAGGAGGUCGAACCCAAACCAUUCAGGGAGGCCAAGGCCGUUUCGUUCUACAAUGCGUAUGGGACCUACGGCGUGCUUCUCGGUAUUCUAACGCACGGCACGGCACGCCGGUUGGCUGCAUGCUUCAAUGCGGAUUCGAGACAGCGCGAGCGGAUGAAGACGACCAUGCCUGUCAGGCACGUCUUUGCCCGCACUUCCCCGGAAGACUUGUCUCUUUUUGGUAUCGGUGACGGCGUCGAGCCGUCACAUUUCAUUGUGCGUCUGCAUAUCGACGCCUCAUACGCAAGAUGCAAGUUGUCGGAUGCCGGCCAAUUGCCGCGGCAGGUGGCGCCAUUGUUGACGCUGAUCCCUGUGCAAGCGGCGACUUUGCCCUCGGCCUUGCUCACCCUCAAGGGUCUCAACUCGAAAUGA